AAUAUCAGUUUUCCGAAUUUAACCUUACCUAGGGCAAUUCUAUGCUCCACAAAGGCAUUCGAAAGAAAGAAGCAGUAAGGGUAGGACCGUCUUUCAGAAUAAAAAUGAAACGAAAUAAACUGAAGCAUUUUAAUUAAGUGGCUCUCCAUUAACGAGUCUUCGUCAAAAGCUUUGUAUGAAGCUUCUCUAAAGCAUCGCCGUUAUGUCAUCCUUAAAUUUGAUGCACCAUUAACCCUUUUCUAUAAUCUCCUGGGGUUUUCAUUUGAAAGAGGGAUGUUUCGUGCUACUGAGCUUUUACUCAGAUGGGAUGUUUCUCCUCUUUGUGGGAAUAAUUUAUUGCGGAUUGGGGGUUUUCCAAAGAAAAGAGAAGCUUACGUCUUGACUAUAUUUUACUAUAAGUUUGAAGUUGUGAGAUGGCAGAAAAAGCAUGUGUUAAGCGUCUUCAGAAAGAAUAUAGAGCACUCUGUAAAGAACCAGUCUCCCAUGUUGUUGCACGACCAUCCCCAAAUGACAUUCUUGAGUGGCAUUAUGUCUUGGAGGGAAGUGAAGGGACACCUUUUGCAGGUGGAUACUACUAUGGAAAGAUCAAAUUUCCUCCUGAGUAUCCUUAUAAACCUCCCGGAAUCACCAUGAUCACUCCCAGUGGAAGGUUCAUGACACAAAAGAAAAUCUGCUUGUCUAUGAGUGACUUUCAUCCAGAGAGUUGGAACCCUAUGUGGUCUGUGUCAAGCAUACUUACAGGGCUUCUCUCUUUCAUGAUGGAAACUAGUCCUACCACUGGUAGUGUGAAUUCGACUCCUGCUGAGAAGCAAAGUCUAGCAAAAGCAUCUCUUGCUUUUAAUUGUAAGAAUGCGGCAUUCAGGACAAUGUUUCCAGAAUAUGUGGAGAAGUAUAACCAGCAGCGGCUUGCAGAGCAGCAGGUUUUGAAGCAGGUGUCGCCAGACCCACCGAAAGAAGAAAAAUCCAAACCCAAUGUCAAAAAAGUUCAUCAUUUGGAAAAGGACAUGAAAACUGUAGAUACACUGAAGGACAUGAGAAGAAACAGGAAGCAGCCAUUCCCAACCUGGAUGAUGUUGCUGCUGGUUUCCAUCUUUGGCAUUGUAAUGGCAUUACCUCUACUUCAACUUUCAUAUAUGUAGAUAAAAAAUUGGAAAGUCUAUAGGGGGUAGUGAGCAUACAGGCUUUUGCUAGUCUACAAAAUAACCUUUGUGCUUCUUAAUUUUGUUUAUUAAGCGUAACUUUUGUAUAGUGAUAUGCACCUUGGAGGCUCAGUUUGAUCCCUGGUCUGUUGUUCCUCCUCUAAUGUUGAUGUUGGUAGCUUAAUCAAUGUUCCAGCAAAACACGUUUGCUGAUGCUAACCUAUAGUUUUUGUUAAAAUCUUGUGUUGGUGUGUUGAUUGGUA